AUGUAUGAUACAUUAUCAAUUUUAAAUGUUGGCAUAUACAGAGUAAAUGACAAGGCGAUAUAUUUUGUUAAUAAUAAAAUAUAUCGUAAUCAAUCCAUUCAUUGCAUUAAUUUAGAAGAAAAAAAAAGUACAUCCUAUUUAGUAUUCAAUGCUUUGAGACAUAAUCAGAAAUUGUUAUCAUUCCAUGUGAGUAAGAAUAUGAAUAAAUGA